GCUUGGCUUGUAGCUGAAGCUCAUCUCACUCUCAGGCCCCAGUUUGGUGUUUGCAGUAUUAAUCAAAAAUCUUUAUCGAAGCCAUCGUUGAUUAUUAGUAGAAAAAUGGAUAAGAUGAAUCAGGCGUUUGAGAAGAUGAAAAUGCUAGUCGGAAUGGAGGUGGACGAUGAAGAACAGCAGCAAGAAUCUUCCCUCAUCGACGAUUUUAACCGAAACUGCACUUUGUCCACUAAGCAGGGAACUGAGUACGCUAAGUCCGUGUCUGCAUUUUUUCGAUUGAAUUUUGGAACAAUGCAGGCUUUACGGGUUUGCAAUUUGCUUGUCUGCCGGUAUUACUUGCACGCUCUUGGUAAGCUGUCCUCAUUUCUUUUGUUGUUUGAGCUGAAGAUGAUUAAGUUAGUUGCGUUUUCGCCAGAAUUUGUGCAUAUUUUCAGUCAGAAUUUUCCAGUAUUUGAGCACUGGAUUCACCAUGGUUUGUGUUUCUGUCGACAGUCAAUGCUAGUUUUCUUCCAUCCCAUCAAAUUUGGAAUAACUUUCUCAUUUGGCAAUCUGCUCGCUCUUGGAAGCACAGCAUUUCUUAUAGGCCCUAAAAGACAACUGACAAUGAUGCUUGACCCUGUUCGUAUAUAUGCUACGGCAAUAUAUAUUGCUAGCAUCAUAGUUGCUCUCUUUUGUGCUGUAUAUGUUCGGAACAAGCUAUUGACUCUUCUGGCAAUCGUGCUUGAGUUUGGUGCUCUUGUUUGGUGAGUCUAAUUCGAUUCAUAAUUUGAAAGAUUCCCUGGUCUAAACUUUAAAGAUUAGUUUUAUGGAAGCACUGUGUUCACACAAGUACUGCACAAACCAGAUGUAGAAAAUUGUAUGUAUAAGGAAGCAAUAGUAGGUAUUGCACCUUGAAUUUCAGAAAUAUUAAUUUUCUAUUGAUUUUGUAGUUUUGAAACUUCUAGUGUUAGUUCAGAUGAAAAAGUGAAUUACCUUUUAUUUUAUAUUUUCAUUUUCCGUAAAGAAAAAGAAGAAAAAUGAUCCGUACAAGGCUGGUAUUGUUUGCUUCUCGUUGUCUAUUCGAGGAGAAAUGAGUUGAUACAAGUUUUUCUUAUGCACAGGUAUAGCUUAAGCUACAUUCCAUUUGCACGGUCGAUGAUUUCAAAGAUUAUGGUAUCAUGCUUCGACACUGAAUUCUAAGGCAAAUACAUUCUGGUCUCAGGCCCAUUACUACUGUANAAAAAAAAA